AUGGGUCGCAAACCCAACCAACUCAUCCUCGAGUUCUUUAUUCGGGGCCAGAAACUCGAGGAUGCCAGUAAUCGCUACCAGCACACCUGCAAAGCAUGCGGCGAAAAAUUCCCCAAGGGUCGCAUCGACAGCUUGACCAACCACCUGGUGAAGAAGUGUCAAGCGAUCCCGCUACGUGACCGACAACGCGUCCUGUUGCGCCUCCACGAACUCCCCGACCUUGCCGACGGCGACCAGAACAAGGACCCCAGUCUCGCGGGACAAAACAAAGGCAAAGGCUCAGAUGUUUCCUACGCGACUCGGCAGAAUUUUGAUGGUCUCAAUGUGCUGGCGGAGGCCUCGAGGCAGGUUGGCGCUUCCGACCAGACCAAACGAGGCCCUGCAUUUCCUCAGUCCGUCACCGUUGGGGGAAAGACGGUGGUUGUCGAUCCGGCGCUCGAAGCCGAGGGCUUUCAGGGCCAUCCUACUCAGCCGGAACAUAUGGAGGAAGAUAUCAAACCUCCUGGAACACCUCAGCCUGCAGCAGCGGCGGUCAUUCCUGCUCUUCCGAGCAAUUCCCUCGAUCACCCUUCCUCUGUGUCUCCUCCGCUGGAGCCUUCACUGACUCCCGACCCGACCUCCAAUGCGCGUCAAUCGCAGCUGUCCAUGAUCGCCGCCUCGGCUAGUGAGAUGGUCCCCCACGGUCUCCCUAUGGAUCACGAUCCUACUGGUCUUAUGUCCGACAGCCUGUCAAAACUCAGUGCAUCCCCUUGGAACCAGCAGCUUUCCAGUCAUGAACAGCUUUUGUUCGACAGCCUUCAAGAGCAUGACCCGACGCUCACCGCUGCGACGCAGCGUGCAGCCGCCUUUCCUCGUCCAAUCGCCAUGAAUCCCAACUCGCAGGCAAAGGGUUUUGUUAAUGAAUUCGGAAACGCGACUAAGCCAACCAAACCGAAAGUACGUGGCAGAUUUUCUGCUGCGAGACGCAGGGAAGUUCAGGAAGUACGAAAACGAGGUGCUUGUAUCCGUUGUCGCAUGCUCAAGAAGCCAUGCUCUGGUGACAGCCCUUGCACGACCUGUGCCAGUGUCGAGAGUGCGCGUCUCUGGAAACACCCGUGCAUUCGCACUCGUAUUGCCGAGGAGUUUGAACUCUACAACGCAAAUCUACAUGCCACCCUCGCUUAUCACGACGUAAGCAGCGUCAAGAACCAAGUCAAAUUCGAACACUAUGCUGGCCGCAUCGAGGUUACCCAUUUCGAAGAGAGCAUGGUCUACAUUACAUUUAGUGGGCUCCAGGGCCACAAGGCAUCAAUGUCGACGCUGGACCCUCAACUUCAAGCUCUUGGCGAUGACACGCAAUUCCAGGGACCUCUUCACGAACUCUAUCUGCUUGAUAGUGAUGCAGAUGAUCUGCCUGGGAAGAUUGAAAUGUACAUCAAAAAGACUGCGCCUUAUUUCUACGAGAGGGAAACCUCCGACAUCAUCAAGCCCACAUUGUUGCUGGCAGCGGAGUUAAGUCAGCAGAAAAAGGACACCUUGCUGGAGAGGGUACUGGAGUUGUGGGUUGCGACUCACAUUCUGGUCGAUUCCGAGCUCCGCUGGAAAACUUACAGCAACCCUACCCUUCCUCCCACCUCGAUGCAUUCUCUUGCUCAGCCUUCUGAUGACGGUCGCAUGCCAAUCGAUGAAGUCACCAAUGCUGAGUCUUAUGGCCUUCUUUGCAGCCAGCUCCGUGCCGCCACCGAAAAGCGGGCGUCCCAGUUAAGCAAAUCCGUGAUGAAUGAUUUGGAGCGCAGACUGCUCCAGCGUCAGCAGAGUGGCUGGUUCGAAACGUUUUUGGUGGCUCUUCUAUUGCUGAACUGCGUUGAGAGGACCUGCUGGUUGUUUCGGUCAUGGGAUGAUGAGAAUUUCGCCCAGCGUUGGCCUUUGGACAAGCGUCCUCCAUACUAUGCCAGCCAGGGCGAUCGCUUCUCAGACAUUUUGCACAUGCUGCUGAAGAUGCGCAGUUUACCUCCCAAGGCUGCUCCUGGUCCGGAUGGCAUCUUGACUGCAAUGGACGGUAGCGACGAGAACGCAGCGCGCUGGUUUGACAUGAUCAAGAUUACCCCUCUCUACCUCGAACAACGUCAAGCCGCAAUGUUCGAUCCCAAUGACUCCCGCUCCCUUGAUCUCCGCUAUGGUGCCAAACUGCUCCCGCCUACCAACGUCUACACAUGA